AUCACCAAUGGCACACGGCAGCGACAAGGACACAAAAUCGUUAUCAAUCAGUCGAAGAAGGAGCUAUUCAACAUUCAUUCCGGUUUACGAGGUGUUCAUCGACGACUGAAAAAUGCGUGGACUGUGGAGGCGAACCCUGACGAGAUCACAGAUGGCUUGUUCGAAGGAGUUCGUGUGUUCAUUCUUCCACAUCCCAGGGCUAAAUUCAACGUUUCUGAGAUGGAGGCAAUCGGACGCUUUAUUACGAAUGGAGGGGCUGUGCUGGUGCUGCUGUCAGAAGGAGGGGAACAACAAACCGAUACUAACAUCAACUUUCUUCUCGAGGAAUUCGGCAUUGUUGGAAAUAGUGAUGCUGCAGUAGAGUAG